AACCUUGUGAAAAGAAUCGCUCCCCUCCCACGAGUCCCCAAAAACGGGUUUGCCCUAACUUCUCACACCUGACCCCUGCGGCGGUCGCCCUCUUCCCUUCCGGCCGGUCGUCGAACGCCAUCGCGGAAGCCCUCCUCUUCAGAAAUCGAAGACCGAAGAUCGGGUCCUUCACUCUUCAGAAAUCGAAACCCUCCUCGUCGCCUCUUCCUCUUCCGCUUCCGCUUCCGCUAUCCAACGGUAGAUCAGUAAUCGGGUGGUUCUUUACAAACCAGAUCCGGAAGGGGAGGAGGUCUCAGGUCUGUCCCGGGCGUAACACCAGCUUGGAAAAAAGCGGAGAUGGAGGGUCAAGAAGGCAAGCAGCAGCCGCACCUGGCCCUCGCCCACAAGCUCUUUCUGCUCGCCCACCCCGACGUAGACGACAUCGACAAGGUCAGACUGCGCGACGAGGUCCUCGACGCCGUCAAGGCCGACGAUAUGGCCUCGCUGUACGAAUCCCUGGCGGCCAAAUCCGUGCUGGAGAUGGACGCCGGGCUUCUCGAAUCUAUGCGGCAGAGGAUCGACGAGGAGGUCAAGAAGCUCGACGACAGGAUUGCUGAUGCUGAGGAGAACCUUGGCGAAAGUGAAGUACGCGAAGCUCAUCUGGCUAAGGCCUUGUUCUUCAUUAGGAUUGAAGAUAAGGAAAAAGCUUUAGAACAGCUCAAGGUUACUGAAGGGAAAACAGUCGCUGUAGGUCAAAAGAUGGACCUAGUUUUCUACACAUUGCAGCUUGGCUUUUUCUACAUGGAUUUCGAUCUCAUUGCCAAGUCUAUUGAAAAGGCUAAGAACUUAUUUGAGGAGGGAGGUGAUUGGGAGAGGAAGAACCGACUAAAAGUUUAUGAAGGCUUAUAUUGUAUGUCUACAAGGAACUUCAAGAAGGCGGCCAACUUAUUUUUGGAUUCUAUUUCGACCUUCACGACUUAUGAGCUAUUCUCUUAUGAUACUUUUGUCUUUUACACUGUCCUCACAAGUGUUAUCUCCUUGGAUAGAGUUUCUCUUAAGCAGAAGGUAGUGGAUGCACCAGAAAUCCUUGCUGUGAUUGGCAAGAUACCUCAUCUCUCUGAGUUCCUCAACUCCCUAUAUAGUUGCCAGUACAAAUCAUUCUUCGCUGCAUUCUCUGGAUUGACAGAGCAGAUCAAGUUAGAUCGUUAUCUACAGCCUCAUUUCCGUUAUUACAUGAGGGAAGUCCGCACUGUAGUUUAUUCUCAAUUCCUUGAAUCCUACAAGAGCGUUACGAUGGAAGCAAUGGCUAAUGCAUUUGGUGUGACCGUGGAUUUCAUUGAUCAGGAACUUUCUCGCUUCAUAGCAGCUGGAAAACUUCACUGCAAGAUCGACAAAGUCGCCGGCAUUCUAGAAACUAACCGACCUGAUGCCAGAAAUGCUUUCUACCAGGCAACUAUCAAGCAAGGCGAUUUCUUGCUCAACCGCAUCCAGAAGCUAUCACGAGUGAUCGAUUUAUAAACAAUCUUUUGUCCUUUAUACUUAAUAUGGUGCUGAAAUUUCCUUUCAUCUUUUCAUACAUCAACUCUAUGAAGCUCCUUAUCCCUAAAUUCAGUUGACAUUUGUUUGGACAGAAAUUUCUGAGUCAAUGCGUGUCGUUUUGAAUUCUUAUA